UUGAGCCGAGAAUGGUAACUUGUGUCGGAAUCGGAGCGCUCACAUCAGUGGCAUGCUUCAUGGAGAUAUGUACCACUCAUUGCCCUCUGAACUGCCGACAUGGACUGCAAACCCCAUGCUCUUUUUCUUAUCUUCUCUUCGUUCAUUUGCGGCGGACAACUGAGUAGCCAUCCCUCCAACGAAGUUAACCUGCUGGAUUCAAAAGCGAGUCAAGGGGAGCUGGGGUGGAUCUCUUAUCCAGCUCAUGGGUGGGAAGAGAUUAGUGGUGUGGAUGAAUACUACACACCUAUCCGUACCUACCAGGUGUGCAACGUGAUGGAGUACAGCCAGAACAACUGGCUGAGGACCAACUGGAUCCCACGUAAUUCUGCACAGAAGAUCUACGUGGAACUCAAGUUCACCCUGCGGGACUGCAAUAGCAUCCCCCUGGUCCUGGGCACCUGCAAGGAGACUUUCAACCUCUACUACAUGGAGACAGACGAGGACCAAGGCGUCAAGUUCCGGGAGCACCAGUUCACCAAGAUCGACACCAUCGCGGCGGAUGAGAGCUUCACGCAGAUGGACCUGGGUGACCGCAUCCUCAAGCUGAACACAGAGGUGCGGGAGGUGGGGCCCAUCACCAAGAAGGGCUUCUACUUGGCCUUCCAGGAUGUCGGGGCCUGUGUGGCCCUGGUUUCCGUGCGGGUCUACUUCAAAAAGUGCCCCUUCACAGUGAGGAACCUGGCCAUGUUUCCCGACACCGUGCCCAUGGAUUCCCAGUCCCUGGUGGAGGUGCGUGGCUCCUGCGUUAACAAUUCCAAGGAGGAAGAGUCACCCAGGAUGUACUGCAGCACAGAGGGGGAGUGGCUGGUACCCAUCGGCAAGUGUCUGUGUAACAUCGGCUUCGAGGAGAGAGGAGUCUCCUGCCAAGCUUGCAGACCUGGGUUCUACAAGUCCUCAUUGGAUAACCUGAAGUGUUCCAAGUGUCCUCCGCACAGCUACAGCCACCAGGAGGGGGCGGUCUACUGCAGUUGUGAGAAGAACUACUACCGGUCUGACAAGGACCCUGCCUCCAUGGCCUGCACAAGACCUCCCACUGCACCCAGGAAUGUCAUCUCUGUCAUCAACGAGACCUCAGUCAUCCUCGACUGGAGCUGGCCGGCCGACACGGGAGGCCGGAAGGACGUGUCCUUCAGCGUGGUGUGCAAGAAGUGUGGGUCGAGCGCCAGGCAGUGCGAGCCCUGCCGUGGGGCAGUAAGAUUCCUGCCCCGUCAGACGGGGCUGAAGAACACAACAGUGACUGUCGUGGACCUGCUGGCUCACACUAACUACAGCUUCGAGAUCGAGGCCCUGAACGGCGUCUCUUCCCUGGCCACUGCCCACCGCCAGUUUGCCACUGUCACCAUCACAACCAACCAAGCCGCUCCCUCUCCGGUCACUGUCAUCAGGAAGGACAGGACAUCCCGAAACAGCAUCUCUCUGUCCUGGCUGGAGCCUGAGCGACCCAAUGGCAUCAUUCUAGACUACGAGGUCAAGUACUACGAGAAGCAGGAGCAAGAGACAAGCUACACCAUCCUGAGAUCCAAAGGCACCAAUGUGACGCUCAACGGGCUGAAACCCGACACCACCUACCUGCUGCAGAUCCGAGCCCGGACGGCCGCCGGAUACGGGACCAGCAGCCGCAAGUUCGAGUUCGAGACCAGCCCUGACUCCUUCUCCAUCUCCAGUGAGAACAGCCAGGUGGUGAUCAUUGCCAUCUCUGCGGCCGUGGCCAUCAUUCUGGUGACUGUGGUGGUGUACGUCUUGAUUGGCAGAUUCUGUGGGUAUAGCAAGUCGAAGCAUGCCGACGAAAAGAGGCUGCACUUUGGAAACGGCCACCUAAAACUCCCAGGUAUCAGGACAUAUGUGGAUCCACAUACUUACGAGGAUCCCAACCAAGCUGUCCAUGAAUUUGCCAAGGAACUGGAUGCUGCUUGCAUAUCUAUUGACAAGGUGGUUGGAGCAGGUGAGUUUGGUGAGGUGUGCAGUGGACGCCUGAAGCUGCCCUCUAAAAAGGAGAUCUGUGUGGCCAUUAAGACACUGAAGGCGGGCUAUACUGAAAAGCAGAGACGGGACUUCUUAAGUGAAGCGAGCAUCAUGGGACAGUUUGAUCACCCCAACAUCAUCCGCCUGGAGGGCGUAGUCACUCGCAGUAAGUGUAAACCCGUCAUGAUUGUCACAGAAUACAUGGAGAAUGGGUCCUUGGACAGUUUCCUGCGAAAGCAUGAUGCCCAGUUCACGGUGAUCCAGCUGGUGGGCAUGCUGCGGGGCAUCGCCUCAGGGAUGAAGUACCUCUCUGACAUGGGCUACGUGCACCGAGACCUGGCCGCCCGCAACAUCCUGGUCAAUAGCAACCUGGUCUGCAAGGUGUCCGACUUCGGGCUGUCCCGCGUGCUGGAGGACGACCCUGAGGCUGCCUACACCACCCGGGGUGGCAAGAUCCCAAUUCGGUGGACAGCACCAGAAGCCAUUGCCUACCGCAAGUUCACCUCAGCCAGUGAUGUGUGGAGCUAUGGCAUUGUUCUGUGGGAAGUGAUGUCAUACGGAGAGAGGCCCUACUGGGAGAUGUCCAAUCAGGAUGUGAUCAAAGCAGUGGAUGAAGGCUAUCGGCUCCCACCCCCCAUGGACUGCCCGGCUGCCCUCUAUCAGCUGAUGCUGGACUGCUGGCAGAAGGACAGGAACAACAGGCCCAAGUUCGAGCAGAUUGUGAGCAUCCUGGACAAGCUCAUUCGGAACCCCAGCACCCUGAAGAUCAUUGCCAACACGGCUUCAAGGCCCUCCAACCUACUGCUGGAUCGGAACAGCACAGACAUCUCUGCUUUGCGCUCCAUGGGGGACUGGCUGGAGAGUAUUCGCUCAGUGCCCUGUAAGGACACUUUCACAGGGGUCAGUUACAGCUCAUGUGACACGCUGGCCAAGACGUCUACAGAGGACUUCAAGAAGAUUGGCGUGACAAUUGUAGGACCUCAAAAGAAGAUUGUAAGCAGCAUUAAAGCACUUGAAACACACACAAAGAACGGACCUGUUCCCGUGUAAAACUAAGAUUUUGAAGCUGCUUGGGGUUUUAAAAAUGGAUCUAAAAUAUAAAAAGAACAGAAGCGAGUGGAAAAUAAAACGUUUAUAUAAAGGAAUGCUGUGGACAGCAACUUCAGGGAACAGUGACAAUGACACAGAGAGGUCCUAUGGUCUGGAGAAGAGUUGCAUAGCACUCCCAGUUCCCAUAGCUCUUUGUCUCUGUGCAGAGAAAGAUGUUCCAUUGCUACCGGUAAGAGUUGCCUUAAUACAGAAGCACACAAGGGCAGGCCUUGCUACAGAGUGAUAAUAUCUCUGAAAGCAGUUACCACCAGUCCUGGAGUGGCAUGCAUGCUCUAGAUGAGAGGCACCAUAAAGCACAGCUCGGAGCCAAGACUAAUGGUUGAAACUUCGGCUUGCACACCCACAUCGAGAGAAAGGUUACGAGCUGCGAGCAGGGACCUUGUGCUAUGCUUACCAUUUAAUCUUUUCCAAAUGGUCGCCAAUGCAGGCCCUUUGCAUGCAACAGGGGAGUGUUUGGACACCUUUAAUAGCAUAUAACAAGAAAAGCUCCCAUCACUGGAAACACAACUCACGGGCUUGAAGACAAACCCAGGAAAAUAGUUUAUGUAUGCUCCAGCUCCAGCUCCCGAUCUGAAUAGAUGAGGAAGGUAGAUCAAUCUAACCUCCAUGCUAUAGUGUUCAUUGUAGCUGGGGAAUGGACUGGUGCAUGGAAGCAGAAUCAGAGGAAGUUACUUCAGAAUGGGAGGAAAGUCCAAACGUUCGGUGGUGAUAAAAUGUGGUCAGGAAAGGAUCAGAGAGUCCAGUUGUAUGGAACCCAAACUCAGAUACCAUAAAACAGACAAGAGUAGUACUCUCUCAUCAUCAAUAUCAGAAUCAUUACAGGUGGAUAUUGGAAAACAAUUGGCUCAUUUUAUCAAUUCAUUGCAACUGCAGCUACUAUAGGUGUAAACUUCCUUCUUGUUUUAAAGUAAAUGUAAUUCCUGUGCAUUUUCUAACAAAUAUCUGAAAUAUCUGGUUUUACCAUUCUAUAAAACAGAAAAUCUUUACAUCAUUUAAGUAGUUUUUGAAAACAGAUAACUAUAAUAAAGGAGUACAUAAUGUGCAUAUUCAUGUAAGAUAAAAAGUUCUCUUUUAAAGCAUGUACAGUAUCAAACAAUGCAGGGAAACUGUAGUACUUUCAGGUUUUGAUUUAUAACAUUACAACACAAUGAGGAUGGCUUUCUGUCUGGUCUGAAUGUUGGUUUUAUUUAGAAAAAAAUAUAAACAUAGUAUAAAGGCAACAUUCACAAACGGCGUUGAUGAAACAAUAUUUAUGAAAUAUUUCAAAAUGAAUAUUUAAUACAGUAUGCAAUAAAAAGACUAUAAUAUUCAGAAACCUGGGCUGAAUAUAAAAGGAACCAGCAAGAAGUAUUCUAGAGAAGCCAUGGAAUUUAUCAUUUCUCAGGCAGCAUUAUAGUAAACGUUAUCUUUUGCUUAUUUACUGUAGCUUUUCAAUAUCAUAGAUCCCACUCAUCAACAUUCAACAAACAAUUUUAAGAACCAAAUCUGUUUAACUUGCAUGAUAUGCUAUAUAGAUAUUUUGUGUUAUACACAAGAUGGAAAUUAUCAACAAAUCAUGUAUUUCAAGAUGUUUUGACCAAAAGUAGUUCAAUAUUGCUUUUCUUUCUACAACAAAUUCCUUUUGAAUUAUUUUAUUACACAAAUAACUUCAUUACUUGUGAAUACGUUAAAAUAAUAAAUUAAUAGUAAAAUACAUAUUAAAUGCAUUUAUCACCUUAAACAAUCAAUAACAAUACUAAUGAUAAUACAUAGUAAUCAAUGAUGAUGAUGAUGAGAAAGAGAACUAAAGCUGGGAGAAAAUGUCAAGCAACUUUCUGUCACAGUUUAGCCCUCAGAAAAACAGUACCAGAAGGUGCCAAAUCCAAUUGACAUUUUCAGAACCAACCCAAAAUCCCCCCACCCUGACAACACCUUUCCAAAGCAUAGAUUCUGACAUCUGUGGCUGUAUAACCAAGCGGGUUCUGGGUCUGGGAAAGUGUGGUCUUGGAUUACAAAGAGCAUUUCAUUAAACAAUCUAGAAAGGUGGAUAAAUGCCUUAAACAUUUCCCUUAAUAAAACGUAUACCAAUAAAAUGCCACAAUAUAUUGCAUUGCCCUAAUUGAGCAUCAAUGUUGUUAGCUGUAUGUUAUUCUUUUAAGGCCAUAAUGUAUUUUCACUAGUUUACCAUCCUACUACAUACACGUCAGCUCUUAGAAUUGUAUUUUGCUGUUUUGUAUGCUUAAAGGUCUGUAAACUACAGUAUUUUAGAAUUUGAGACACUGUUGACCAUAUUUGAUAUCACUACAGUCUCCCAGUCAAGAAGAGCAUUGAUGACCCAGGGCAUUGAAGGUUAUUGAUGUGCCAUGUUGUCACCAUGGAAACUAACCUUUUUGUUUUGCUUUCUUAAGCAAGAAUUUUCUUUGGAAGUUUUCAUUAGGUCAGACAUAGAAACAAAGUUCACUGGGACAACAGCUUUAAACUGGUAUUUGAUUGCAUGAUGAAUGCAUUUUCAGUGAGUUCUCAGGAUGUUUCAGGUAAACUAAGGCUUCUAGGUGUCAGAUGUGAAUUAGACAGAAAAUAAUAAAACAUGAAGGUAAAUGCACUCCAAGAAUGAGCCCAUAGAGUGUCAGCCCUGUUUUAGGAUAUACACAGCAGAUAUUUAUGGAUAUCUGCUGUGUAGACGAUAUCGAAAGAUAAGAGCAGCAUUCUCCUUACAUGUUUGGACUCUUUCCACCUGAGACUUGUCCUUCCAUAGUGAGGAGCCCACAGUUCUUACGCCUCUACAACAUAUUUAGCCAUAGUGUCACAGAGGCCCAAUAUUCAGGCAGAAGGAGGCCUCCAGUGUCUCGAUAAACUCUUCAGAAACCAGAACACUCCAACAUUGUAAGCUACUGCAAGAGAAGUACAGUAAGAUGUCUCAUUAGCAGGGCCUCAGGCUAAUUAACCAUGAAAUCAUGGAGCUAUGGGGCAUUGUAUGGGGAAUGGAUUGGUAAUAGAAAUCCAUUUUCUAAGUUAAUCAUAAACAUUUUCUCCUCAGCCACUCUUUUGGAUCAGAAGAUGAAAGAUAAUCUUAAAAUCUUAUUGUGCUUUUAGAAUGAAAGAAUGUGAACUCCUUCUUAUCCCAGCACACAAUCCAUGCCAAUAAAAGGACAGAAUAAUGGAAUUUACAAAUUCUAAGCCUGGAGGGGUUUGCUAGGUGUUAGUUUAGCAAUCCACAAGGAACAAAUGGAAAUAACAACUGAACUAUAAAGGCCAGUGGUGUUAAAAGGAGAUCAUGAGAGAAUAGGGAAGAUUGACUAUGUACUGUAGGUAGAAGCUGGCAUCGUAUUCCACUACUCUUUGUUAAAGUGUAUUGUGUUGUUCUCAAAGACAAGAUAGAAAACUAUUUAAUGCCAUCUUUUUUAACAGACCUUCACGUUGUUUCACACUUCAGACAGCAGUUUUCUCUGAUCAGUGCCAUUUUGAAAUCAGCACGAAAAAAAGCGUAUACCCUGUGUCCUUCAAACUGCUUGUGAAUGACAAUGUUCCCUACAGUAUUAGCUUGUAUAUAUGUAAACAUGAUAUUGUAAUAUUAGCAGCAGUGAAACUAGCGGUACUGUCAUUUACAUGGCCAUCUCUUUGUACAGACUUCGCUAUUUAAAAAUAUAUGAGGGAAACAUUUUUAAAAUUUGUGUAUCAUAUUAUCUUUUUUUUUGUUUUUUAUACAUUCAGAAACAAUUAUAAUUUACAAAUGUAUUAUUUAUUUGUUAACAUAUCCUGUGCAAAGUUUAAGAGUUUCGUUUUGUAGCAUACAGUAAAUUAUGACCUUUUGUGCCAGGUUUUUACUGAUGUUCUGUAUUUGCUUUUAAAUAUGUGUUUUAAUGAACAUUAUUCUCUUUGCUCGCACCCUUUCCACCCCUCUGCUCCCCUUUCUUUAUUUAGACCUUACGUGUACAAAUGUAGAUGGCCUACUACUAAUGUAAAAUGAUUUGUAGUGGAAACAUUUAUAUUUUUAUAAUAAACAUAAUGAGAAUAUUUUUUAAAGAAUGGACAUGCUGAGAAGAUGUAGUUUCCUUGUUUGUUCUGGAUUUAUUUGUCC